UGUGAGAGUUUCAAUCCUCAAACUCUGAAAACACACGCACACAAAAAACGAAACGAAAACCAAAAGAAAGCCUAUUUUACGAUACAAUUUUCACCUUGAUUGCUUUUAUUUUCUCUCUCCUCCUUCAUCACUUCCUUGAUCGGCGGAGUUCGCUAACUCCUCUUCGUUCUUCCCAUGACUAUGAUGACUCAGCCUCCAUUGGAUCAGGAGGAUGAGGAGAUGCUGGUGCCUCAUUCGGAUGCCGUCGUUGAAGGUCCUCAGCCCAUGGAAGCUGUAUCACAAGCAGAUGCUAAUCAUGUGGCCGAGAAUCAGGCAGUGGAGGAACCCCCAACUUCUAAAUUUACGUGGACGAUUGAGAGCUUUUCUAGGUUAAACACUAAGAAGCACUACUCUGAAGCUUUCGUUGUCGGUGGUUAUAAAUGGCGGAUUUUGAUAUUCCCGAAAGGGAAUAAUGUGGACUAUAUGUCAAUGUAUCUUGAUGUUGCGGAUUCUCCAGCUCUUCCAUAUGGUUGGAGUAGAUAUGCUGCUUUUAGCUUGACAGUGGUCAAUCAAGUUCAUCAGAAGUACUCUAUAAGAAAAGAGACACAACAUCAGUUCAAUGCUAGAGAGAGUGAUUGGGGUUUCACAUCGUUCAUGCCUCUUAGCGAAGUAUAUGAUCCUUCUAGGGGAUAUCUUGCCAAUGAUACGUUGGUGAUCGAGGCUGAGGUUGCCGUUCGUCGUGUCAUGGAUUAUUGGUCGUAUGACUCAAAGAAAGAGACGGGCUUUGUUGGACUCAAAAAUCAGGGAGCAACUUGCUACAUGAAUUCCCUUUUGCAAACUUUGUACCAUAUUCCUUACUUCAGAAAGGCUGUCUACCAUAUGCCGACAACUGAAAACGAUAAUCCUCUUAAUAGCAUCCCUCUGGCCUUGCAAAGUUUGUUCUACAAGCUUCAAUAUAAUGAUACAAGUGUCUCAACCAAAGAGUUGACCAAGUCUUUUGGAUGGGACACAUAUGAUUCUUUCAUGCAACACGAUGUACAGGAACUUAAUAGAGUUUUGUGUGAGAAGCUCGAAGACAAGAUGAAGGGAACUGUCGUUGAGGGAACUAUUCAACAGUUGUUUGAAGGGCAUCAUAUGAACUAUAUUGAAUGUGUCAAUGUAGACUAUAAAUCCACGAGGAAGGAAUCAUUUUACGAUCUUCAAUUGGAUGUUAAAGGCUGUCGGGAUGUGUAUGCUUCAUUUGACAAGUAUGUGGAAGUUGAACGUCUGGAAGGUGAUAACAAGUACCAUGCUGAGGACCAUGGUUUACAGGAUGCUAAGAAAGGUGUUCUAUUCCUUGACUUUCCUCCAGUGCUUCAGCUCCAACUCAAGAGGUUUGAAUAUGAUUUUAUGCGGGACACUAUGGUAAAGAUCAAUGAUCGUUAUGAGUUUCCUCUUCAGCUUGACCUUGAUAGAGAAAAUGGCAGAUAUUUAGCUCCUGGAGCUGAUAAAAGUGUUCGAAAUCUUUACACACUUCACAGUGUUUUGGUACAUAGUGGCGGAGUUCAUGGUGGACACUAUUACGCAUUUAUUAGGCCAACCCUUUCUGACCAAUGGUUCAAAUUUGAUGAUGAGCGGGUUACUAAGGAGGAUUUGAAGAGGGCACUAGAAGAGCAGUAUGGUGGUGAAGAGGAGUUGCCACAGACAAACCCAGGGUUUAAUAAUGCCCCUUUCAAGUUUACAAAAUAUUCAAACGCUUACAUGCUGGUGUAUAUACGUGAAAGUGACAAGGAUAAAGUAGUAUGUAAUGUGGAUGAGAUAGACAUUGCAGAACACCUUAGGACAAGAUUGAAGAAGGAGCAAGAAGAGAAGGAAGACAAGAGGAAGUACAAAGCUCAGGCGCAUCUUUAUACUAUCAUAAAGGUUGCACGAGAUGAUGACCUUGCAGAACAGAUUGGAAAGGACAUCUAUUUUGAUCUUGUAGAUCACGACAAAGUGCGCAGUUUCCGUAUUCAGAAACAGAUGCCAUUUAACCUUUUCAAGGAGGAGGUUGCCAAAGAAUUUGGUAUACCUGUUCAAUUCCAGCGAUAUUGGAUAUGGGCAAAGCGUCAGAACCAUACUUAUCGCCCCAAUCGGCCUCUAACUCCAAGUGAAGAAGCCCAACCUGUAGGGCAAUUGAGAGAGGCAUCAAAUAAGAUGCACAAUGCUGAACUGAAGUUGUUUCUGGAAGUAGAGAUAGGACUGGAUCUUCACCCAAUUGCUCCUCCAGAUAGAACAAAAGAGGAUAUACUAUUAUUUUUCAAGCUAUAUGAUUCUGUGAAAGAAGAACUCCGGUUUAUUGGUAGGCUUUUUGUCAAAGGUACCAGUAAACCUAGUGAAAUUUUGCCUAAACUUAAUGAAAUGGCUGGCUACGCUCCUGAUGAAGAGAUUGAUCUUUUUGAGGAGAUAAAGUUUGAACCAUGUGUCAUGUGUGAGAACCUGGACAAGAGAGCAUCUUUCAGGUUGAGCCAGUUAGAAGAUGGUGACAUCAUCUGCUACCAGAAAGUUUCUCCCAUUGAUACUGAGGAACAAUACCGUUAUCCUGAUGUACCAUCAUUCUUAGAGUAUGUUCACAAUCGUCAGGUUGUCCAUUUUCGAUCUCUGGAGAGACCCAAAGAAGAUGAUUUCUGCCUGGAGUUGUCAAAAAUAAAUACAUAUGAUGAAGUUGUUGAAAGAGUUGCUCAGCGACUUGGACUGGAUGAUGCUUCAAAAAUUAGGCUGACAUCUCAUAAUUGCUACUCUCAACAGCCUAAACCACAGCCUAUCAAGUAUAGAGGAGUAGAUCAUUUGUCUGAUAUGCUGGUUCAUUAUAAUCAGACUUCCGAUAUCUUGUAUUAUGAAGUUCUUGAUAUUCCUUUACCAGAAUUGCAAGGACUCAAGAAUCUCAAAGUAGCGUUUCAUCAUGCAACAAAAGAUGAGGUGGUAAUUCACAAUAUUAGAUUGCCGAAGCAAAGUACCGUGGGAGAUGUAAUUGAUGAACUAAAGACAAAGGUGGAAUUGUCACAUCCUGACGCGGAGCUCAGGUUACUUGAAGUUUUCUACCAUAAGAUCUACAAGAUUUUUCCACCUAGCGAAAAGAUUGAAAACAUUAAUGACCAGUACUGGACGUUACGUGCAGAGGAGAUCCCUGAAGAUGAAAAGAAUCUUGAGCCAAAUGAUCGAUUGAUCCAUGUUUACCAUUUCACCAAGGACACUGCACAAAAUCAGAUGCAAGUGCAGAACUUUGGGGAACCCUUUUUCUUGAUUAUUCGCGAAGGUGAAACCCUAGCUGAAAUCAAAGUGAGAGUACAAAAGAAGUUGCAUGUUCCUGAUGAAGAAUUUUCCAAGUGGAAGUUUGCGUUCUUGUCACUAGGUCGGCCGGAGUAUUUGCAGGAUACUGACAUUGUAUCCAGCCGUUUUCAGAGGAGAGAUGUUUAUGGUGCGUGGGAGCAAUACCUAGGUUUGGAGCAUAUUGAUACUACUCCCAAAAGGGCUUACACGGCAAAUCAGAAUCGCCACACAUUUGAGAAGCCAGUAAAAAUCUACAAUUGAGAUAUGAGCUACCCUUUAGACUUGCCAACCAUUAUAAUGUCUUUCGCUCAUGAAUCGAUAUGAAUAUGCAAAGAGGGGUAGGCUAUAGCACAUAUGGAGCUACAUUAGAGGCAUGAUUUUAGCCGUUUUUCAAGUGGAUGAUAUAUAUGUAGGGGAUGUACUUGGUUCAAGCAGGGCAAGGGAGGAGAUUUUUCCCGGAUAUAGUGAUGUUCUUAUGGUGCAUACAAUGAUACAAUCUUGUUUGAGCUUUUCUGAUGAUUCUGUCUCCUGGUUGAAGGUGGUUCUUUCUUCAGGAGGCUGCAAUGUCACGGUAUUGAGUCCCAUGUAAUGUAGAAGUAUAUAAGAUUUUUGGAUAAGGCUUGUAAAUUGGUUAUAGUUUAUUGUCACUCCUUUUUUCAUCUCACCUUAUGGGUUAGUGCCAUAAAUUGUGGGUCCUGUAUCAUGGUUGGCUGAUUGCAGCAAGGGGCAAUGGCUGAGAAUGCCAGUUUCUCAAUGAUUAUGUAAAGAGAACAGUACUUGCGAAGUGUAGUUUAAGUUGAUUUACACAUGCAAUGAAGUGCUUAUUCUUCUCAA